CCCGGCUUUUCUGCGCGCGCGGGUCUCUCCGGCCUAGGAGACCGCGAUGGCGUUCCUGUGUCAGCGCGACAGCUACGCACGGGAGUUCACCACCACCGUGGUCUCCUGCAGUCCCGCCGAGCUGCAGACGGACGCGAGCGGCGGCAAGAAAGAAGUGUUGAGCGGUUUCCAUGUGGUUCUGGAAGACACGCUGCUUUUCCCCGAGGGCGGGGGACAGCCUGAUGACCGUGGUACCAUCAAUGACAUCUCUGUGCUGAGGGUGACCCGUCGUGGGGCCCAGGCCGAUCACUUCACGCAGACACCUCUGUCACCUGGGAGUCAAGUCCAGGUCCGGGUGGACUGGGAGCGGAGGUUUGACCACAUGCAGCAGCAUUCAGGGCAGCAUCUCAUCACCGCGGUUGCUGACCUUCUCUACGGGCUGAAGACAACAUCAUGGGAAUUAGGGAGACUCCAGAGUGUGAUUGAGUUGGACAGCCCUUCUGUGACUGCUGAGCAGGUAGCUGCUAUCGAGCAGAGUGUCAAUCAGAAAAUCAGAGACCGGCUGCCUGUGAGUGUUCGAGAGCUGAGCCUGGAUGACCCUGAGGUGGAGCAGGUGAGGGGCCGGGGUUUGCCCGAUGACCAUGCUGGGCCCAUUCGAGUCGUUACCAUCGAGGGUAUAGACUCCAACAUGUGCUGUGGGACACACGUGAGCAAUCUCAGUGACCUUCAGGUCAUUAAGAUUCUGGGGACUGAGAAAGGGAAGAAGAACAAAAGCAACCUGAUAUUUCUGGCUGGGAACCGAGUACUGAAGUGGAUGGAGCGAAGUCAUGGAAGUGAAAAGGCCUUGACCGCACUACUUAAGUGUGGAGCGGAGGAUCACGUCGAAGCUGUAAAGAAGCUCCAGAGUGCCACCAAGCUCCUGCAGAAGAACAACCUGAACCUCCUUAGAGACCUGGCUGUGCACACUGCCCACAGCCUCAGGAGCAGCCCAGCCUGGGGAGGUGUGGUCACACUCCACAGGAAAGAGGGCGAUUCUGAAUUCAUGAAUAUCAUCGCCAAUGAGAUUGGAUCAGAGGAGACCCUCCUGUUCUUGACUGUGGGGGAUGAGAAGGGUCCUGGACUCUUCUUACUGGCAGGCCCGGCAGAGGCUGUGGAGAUCCUGGGGCCCAGGGUGGCUGAAGUCUUGGAAGGCAAAGGAGCAGGGAAGAAGGGCCGCUUCCAGGGCAAAGCCACCAAGAUGAGCCGACGGGCAGAGGUGCAGGCGCUUCUGCAGGACUAUGUCAGCACCCAGAGUGCUGAGGAAUGAGGGGCCAGGACAUCAUCCCUGUGACCACAGCACUCUCUCCAACAGUAAAAUAUCAUGACUCAAA